AUGGAGUACCAGGGGCAGCACGGCCACGCCACCGACAAGUCUGAGGACGACGGCGUGGGCGGCAGGAGGAAGAAGGGGAUGAAGGAGAAGAUCAAGGAGAAGCUCCCCGGCGGAGCCCACAAGGACGCCACCGCCGGGCAGCAGCACACGGCGGUGGCGGGCGAGUACGCGGGAACGCACAGCACCGAGGCCACCGGCGAGAAGAAGGGCGUCAUGGACAAGAUCAAGGAGAAGCUUCCCGGCGGACAGCACUGA